GCCGCUUUGUAUUCUCAGUUGAACUGGCAGGUCGAGCGGAUGUAACGCGCGGCAAUCCCCGGGUGUAGAGUUCUGAUUUCGGAACUAUCGCCGGCAGAGGUUAGGUUAGGUUCGGAGCUUCCCCUCCACAGUCGGGUAGUGAUAUAAACAUUGGUGCCAGUGAUAACAAAACAAGGAACCUCCUCAGGUGUCCGUCCGGUUAUAAAAGUCUGAGGCCCUUGCCGGGAAUCAAUCAUAUGUCAAUAAGCUGCUGUGUCGUUAGUUCUGUGAUUUACCACCACUCUUUGGUGCGAUCAACAACGCGUAUCGUAGCCCCCUGCAGUGGGUCAAGUGAUUCUGCACUUGACAGAUAGUUGAUUUGAUUAACGCUUAGUGCUUUGACCGGUAGAUGGAUUAAAGUCCGGUUAUUUUUCCUGUGUGUAUGAUCUAAUACUGCCAUUACAAAUCAGCAAGAUGAUCAUCAUGUCCCGAAGGAGAGGCUCAUCGCCAAUGGCGUUCACAUUCCUGGUUAUGGGCGUUAUUGGAUACAUGGUCAACUCAGUAUUCGGCGCCAUGUUCACGAACGGAAACGAAACGUCCACUGUCGGACUGCUGUAUCCCAGAGAAUCAGAGACUCGUGAUGUCAAAAGGCUGGACGGUAUGUGGAACUUUGUGCGGUCGGACCCCUCGAAUCCAUCCCAGGGUCUGCGGGAGAAGUGGUUUAACGAUGAUUUGAGUAAGGCUCGCAAAACCAUCCAGAUGCCGGUGCCGAGUAGCUAUAACGAUGUAACCGAAGAUGCCAGCCUGCGGGAUCACGUCGGCACGGUUUGGUACGAUCGUAAAUUUUUCGUUCCCCGAUCGUGGGGCACGCCAGAUCAGCGGGUUUUCGUUCGGUUCGGAUCGGUGCAUUACGAUUCCAUUGUGUGGAUCAAUGGACAGCAAGUAUUGAAGCACGAAUUCGGUCAUCUUCCUUUUGAGGCCGACAUUACAUCGGUACUCAAGUUUGGUUCCGAAAAUCGCAUAACCGUCCUGUGUGAUAAUGUGCUACUGCAAGUCACAAUUCCCCAGGGUAAAGUUCAAAAUCAACCGGUGGAUGGCGGUGUUGAAAUGGUGCAAACGUACACCUUCGACUUCUUCAACUAUGCCGGUAUUCAUCGAUCGGUAAUGUUGUACACAGUACCCCGAGUGUUCAUCCGUGACGUUGCGGUCAAAACAAAUUUGGAGGGCGAGAAAGGAGUUUUACACUACGUGGUGGAGACCAAUGUCAAUACCGGCCACGAUCAGCAGGUCACGGUUAAGCUACUGGAUCGAAAUGGAACGGUGGUUGCGGUUGACGAAGUCAAUGGACCAUUAUUGCAGGGAGAACUUGCAGUCAACAAUGUAAAACCAUGGUGGCCAUAUUUAAUGCACGAAGAACCGGGUUAUCUGUACAACCUGGAAGUUACCUUACAGUAUAAGUCAAACGAGGCUUCGGAACCUGUUGAACAGGUUUACGACGUUUAUCGGCUAAAGGUUGGGUUCCGCGUUUUGGAGUGGAACAGUACCGCGUUGUUGAUCAACGGGCAACCGAUUUAUUUCAGGGGAUUUGGCAGACACGAGGACUCGGAUAUUCGAGGAAAAGGUCUGGACUAUGCGCUACUUACCAAAGAUUUCAACCUGCUUAAAUGGGUUGGAGCGAACGCUUACAGGACAUCACACUAUCCGUACUCCGAGGAAAGUAUGCAGUUCGCGGACGAACACGGGAUCAUGAUUAUUGACGAAUGUCCCAGUGUGGAUACUGAAAACUACUCUCAGAUUCUGCUGGAAAAACACAAGGCCAGUAUCGAGCAACUGAUCCAUAGGGACCGAAAUCACCCGAGCGUGGUGAUGUGGUCCAUCGCGAAUGAGCCUCGUACGGCACAGUUUGCAGCCGACGCCUACUUCGAAGCCGUGGCCAAGUACACACGGCAGUUGGACCCGACACGUCCGGUAACGGCAGCCAUUGCCGUCAAUGUCAAUGACGACAAAGCGGCUAAACAUUUGGAUGUGGUCAGCUUCAACCGCUAUAAUGGAUGGUACGCCAAUGCCGGCAAGUUGAACAUGAUUACAAACCGAGUGGUCGAGGAAGCCCAGGCAUGGCAUUCGAAACAUGGCAAACCGGUGCUGAUGUCGGAAUACGGCGCGGACACCAUGGAAGGAUUGCACAUGCUACCGGCUUACAUCUGGUCCGAGGACUACCAAUCGCAGGUUUUCAGCCGCCAUUUCCGUGCCUUCGAUCAGCUGCGCCGGGCAAAGUUCUUCAUCGGCGAGUUCGUGUGGAACUUUGCCGACUUCAAAACGGCUCAGACCUACACCCGGGUCGGUGGCAACAAAAAGGGUAUCUUUACCCGCAAUCGGCAACCGAAGGCAGCGGCAUAUCUGCUGCGACAACGAUAUCACGCCCUAGCCGAGGAACUGGACAAAAGCACACUGCCCGAUGAUCUUUUCCUGUACACGGCCGAUAACGGAUCGACCAAUCCGGAGAAGAGCGAACUGUGAGUUUGAAACUCAGGACUUGUACACAAAAACGGUGUAUUUUCACUUUGCCAAAAACAGCAGAAAGUGUUUUGUAAGUUUAGGUUUCUGUACAUAGAAUUUAUUAAACUAAUAAAAGUUAAAGAGAGAAAAAAUAUUACAAACUCGCAUUUUACGAGUUCAUCAGUUCUAA